GUUGAUUGUGCGCGGUCCGAGUUCCGACUAUAUACUUCAGUCUUCAGUACGUCAGGAAGAGGCAGGGGUUAGAUUGAGUGGUACACUGACUGAGCGCUCGUUAAUCGUCAAUAAUUGUUCUUCAGUUCAUUUUUUGGAGCACGCUCUUGAGAUAUGGCAUCUCGAUGGCUAAGAACAAAAACGGUGCCGCAGUUGUUCCGGCAAGCUUGUAAUGAGAUUCCUGAAGUGAUGGGAGCUGGUGUUUUUGGCCUCCUGGGUGCUGUGACGCUCACGUACCUCAUCAUCAGGGACUACAACAAGCCAGGGCGUAAUUGUAAGAAGUACAAAAUGGAAUUUGUUGUGUACCGGCCUGAGUCUCCCUACGUGCAAUACCUGAACUUAUACGACACUCCAGAGUCGUUGCAGGAUUACCAAGAGGACCUCAAACCUUACCUCAAGAGCCGCUGGAACAGAGCUUAAUGUUUCUUUUUCGCAGCGAUGCGCGUGCACCUAUUGUACAUUCUUUGAGAUUAUAUUUGCCUUGACAG